CAACACUGCCUGAAUGCCUGAAUGGUCACCAGUAAUACGUAAACAACGUACGUUGAAGCCGUUACGUUUUAUUAUGGUUUCGUUGACGUAAAAUGUUUUGGUGACAAUGGAAGAACUUAAUUGGGACAUUACGCAUGUUCUUCAGAAUACAGAUUUUACCGUGUUAGAAAAGUUAAUAUCGUAUUAUUCUAAGUUUCGUGAAGAGAUUGCCGCCAAAGUGGAAGAAACAAUUGCUUAUGAAAUUGAGUCUAGAGAAAAAAGAGCAUCGAGGACUAGUAAAAUAUCAGAAUUGCAACAUGAGCUCGAGACUUUGAAGACUAAAAUUGAUGAGGAAAAAUUAGAGCAGAAGAAGUUGGAUAAAAAGAUCCAAAAUGCAGUUAAACUGCAAGAGACAUUGCAGGAGGAAGUUGAGCAUGAAAAAUUAAAAAGAGAUAGUUUGUCUAUCGAAAUGAUCGACUUACAAGAAGAGGCUGAAAAAAGGAGAAAGCAUAAAAUAGCAACUUGGAAUGCUAUUAAACGUGCCUGUUACAUUUAUAAGCAAUACUUGGAUUGUCGCAUACAAUUAAUAAAUAGUAAUGAUGAAUACGAACAUAUACAAAUUUCAUUUUUUAUAACUGAUGCAGAUGCAGAAGACAAAUAUUUUGUUCAGUUGUUUAAUUCGAAGGGUCACUGGAAAGUGAAAGAAAUUCAACCGGAGCUUAAAACAGAGGAUUUAAAAGAUUUGAAAGGCAUCGUCGACUUGCAUAAAAAUUCAGAAAUUUCAGACGUCACUGCAUUUCUUUGUAAUCUAAGACAUAUUUUUGUUAAAUAUUACUUCAAUAUAAAAUGACAAUAGGAAACAUCUUCAAUAUGUUUGUUACUUACCCAUGCCUAAUAAUAUAAAAGGAAAUGUAUAAUUUUACAAUGUUAUGUACUAAUUGUUAUAAGAUUAAAGCCUUUAUUAAUAAAAACUAAAAUAUCUAAAACGCCUCAUUACAUAUAUAGAAUUUGUAACGCUAAACAUCGCGGACUUAACAUUGGUAUGAUCUUAUUAAAAUAUAAUAUUUAUCAUUAGUACAGUAAUCUUCUGGUAUUGUUACAUAUAUAGUGUCGCGUGUCUUGAUGUACUACCUCCUUACAUACAGAUCAUGUUAGAAACAGUAAACUGCUAAUCACAGUGUGGAUAAAUUACUUAGGUACUAAAAUUACAAACAGGUCUCCAUUUUAUUUCUAUUUAUAUAUAUGGCACCUACAGAGAUAUAUUCGUAAUUAUAUCUGUUUCAUAAAUAUGCGAAAAUAAACUUCGUUUGGAGUAAAAACAAUCGUUCAACCUGCACUGAACUCUCAAUUUUGUUAAACUUUAAAUACGUAUGUACUUAUUUACCAAACAAGUACUAUAAAUAUCAUCUAAUACUCGGUAAUUCGUUCUUUAUUUUUUGUAGUGCUAACAAUUCACCUAUUUAAAAGACUUAACUAAUAUAUAUUUAUAUAUAACUUCAUUCGAUUUUUAUAAGAAAGAGAAAGGUCAAGCAACGUUUUAUACAAACGCGUACCUUUUGAACAACAAAGAAACAAAAUGGAACUAUGAUAUCGUGAAGAAAUCUUGAAAGUAUAAUUUUCUGUCGAUUUUUUUUUUUAUUUGGAACUAUAAUUAAAUGUCGAAUGGUAAUAAUAAUAAGCGUUGUGUCACUGGAAUUUCUCCACCACGCGAAGGCUAAAAAAGAAACUAAAUCUUUCUCAUCUGUAGUUCGCGUUAUAUUGAUUCAUACAUUAACAUAGUUACGUACGAAAUAUUCGCGCGUCUUACUCGUACAUGGAAAGGGCCAAUUGAUUAUGUAUGCAUAGAAGCACGUUGAUAACAAUUCAUCCCUAUUGGCACAAGUUAACGAGGGGGUCAAUUGAUCGCCCACUGCCAAUCAGCCCAUAUCGCGUACACAACGUAAGUUAACAGAUUUCACUUACGCUAUUGACCCGCCCGAUCGUUCAUUUACUCGAUCAUUCAAGAAUUGAAGAUCGAAGCGUCGACGAUGAGAAUAUCGAUGGUUUACUAUGAUGUAAAACGCGAUAGCCGUAUUCACGUUGUCGGUGUCGAUCGGCUUUGAUACGAUUAUUACCUAGCGAAUGACUCGUUAUUUAAUCAAGAAUUUAUUUUUCUAAACAAAAACAAAACAGAAAAAAAUAUAAUUCGAGAAAACAUGGUUUUACGCUCGUUGCGAUUUGAGAAAUUAAUACGUUUAUUCUCAGCUUUUACGAGUCAAAAUCACGAUUAUAGUAAGGAAUCAAUUUGUCUCGAACUUUCCAAAGCAAUCGAAGAACUAUACUUGUCACGUAUGACAAAUUUACGAAAUUAAUUAGAGGAGAACGAGGUUUUACGAAGAUAGGGGUUUUGUGUUUUAUACAUUUCUAUCUUAAACUAUUGUGCCAAUGUAAAUAGUAAAUCUUCUAUGGUCAGGUAUUCAAGGUGCGAUAAAAUAUGUUUUAUAACUUCUCGUUCUGCUCUUAUUAUCACUUACAAAUUGUUUUCUGCUUUGGGUAAUUCGAAAGAGACCCAAUCCACAAGUGCUUGGAAACGUUUAUCAUGUUUCCUCCUCAAGACUAAUAGAUAUAUUAAUUCGUCAAAUCGAGACACCAUUGUGCAUUUACCAAUAAAGAUUUUUACCUAAUUAUAUCUUACACAUUAUCAUCGCACGCUAGAUCUCACAAUCAGUCGGUAUCAUCCGAUACUAUUAACGAAUAAACUAAUGCGAAUCGGUGCACGAAGAUCAUGAUACACGAUACGUCGCGCAAGCGUUAUGGAUAAUACUUUGAAGCAUGGAUGAUUAACGAUGACUGAUUAACGAUGAUUCACUACCAAAUUUCUUACGUGGUUUUGUUCGCGUUUAUGAUCGUUUCGACGAAUGUUAACAAUAAUAUUAAUAAUAAUUAAGAAAAGAAAGUAAUAGGCGGAAAUGAAUGGUACAUGGGAAUUCGAAUUCGAGGAGGAUGCUUAUCUACCGUAAACACGACGUAUGGCGUUCAAGAAGUAGCGGGAUUAAUGACUAUUUACAGCGUGGUAAUGUCACCUAUUACAAGACAGAGACUUCAGCGGUUUGUUCUUCUAGACUUAUAAAACGGGAAUUAAUCGCUCAUUGUUAUUACACUCUCUGUCUUUCUCUCUUGAUCUGUGAAACGAUAUCUCCUUUCCGGCGUAAAUCCUCUCGAGUUUUGGGUAAAGAGAUGGGCAAAACUCUUAUCUAAACAUAACGUAGAAAAGAUAACCAACUUUCGAGUAAUUAUUUAUAAAAAACUUAUACCUUGGAUUAUUAUGAUUUUGGAGUGUGUCGUACGAAAUAGAGUCGCAAAUGGUUUCUAAGAAAACCUUGCUUUAAAGUGCCGCGUAUUAUUCUAAUUCUAAUAGAGAAUUUUAAUGCCGAAUGGGUAUUAAUCUUUUCUAAUUGAUCUAUUUCUUUUUUUUUUUCGUAAACAGAACUCAUUCAACUCCCAACAGUAUUUAUGUUAAAACAGCAAAAUAAACUAAAGACGAUACGAUUAAGUUCGAGUUUAAAUUCAAAUUUGUUUAAAUCGCUACGAUGGUUUUUAUUAGGUAUUAAUUUUUUAAAUAAAAUUCUGCCCAUCCCUGAUUGGGUACCGUCUCUUCCGUGAUACAAAGGAACCACAAACUCUCACGAUAUGUGAUGGAAGCACGUUAAAAUAAAUAUAUAUAUCUCUCGUCACUUAAUAUAUACUAGCGAUCACGCGUGUUUAUCCACUACCGAUCGAAGGCUGACUUCUAAUCGUCGAACAAUUGUUAGCUGUCGAUCGGCAGAUUACUCGCGCGUGAACAAGUCUCGUCGGCGUUCGAUGAAGUUCGACUAGCGACCAUGUCGUCCCCUAUUAUACAAUUUUUUCGGAACACAGUAAUUUCUCUCUUAAGUUGCCCACGAGUAAUGUCGUUUCUCCUGUCAAAUUUUAAAAAUAUUCCCACCUAUUCAAAUAUAUUGAUAUUUAGUUGAUACGUAGUGUAGUUUAUUGAAACAUUCUAAAUGAAUUUGUUGAUUUUAGUAUUGAUACCGAAUCAAUCCACGAAUUCCACAGGAUCAGUUUAUUUUUAACACUUUAUCUACCGGGCUAUUUAGAAACAAUCUUUAAUUAAAAAAAGAAUAUU